AGAAGAAGAAGAAGAAGAAGAAGAAGAUAAUAUACCUGCAUUAUAUUUCAGUCUUAAUUCGGUUCAUGUAGCGACAAUAGUUACCAUUUUGGUACACUGGUUUGGGUGAGGACCUUUGACCAGCGACUAGCACUGUCAGAUGCUGGGUUUGCACACAGUAACAUAUAGUUACCAGUAACUGUUACUUGAAGCUAACGCUAACGCUAACGCUAAUCAACUGUCUUACCGUAAUAGUAACGUCAUGAGUAUUUUACUUAUGUAUGUAUUUUACAAACAUCGGCUGCAGGUAGCUCCAGCUCUCCAGUGAAACAAAAAAGAAAAGAAUUGUUUUCUCGGGUGACGUUAGUUAAAACUUUCCUUAACCCACGUAUAUCUGAAUUUUAAGAUGAGGCUCAACUAAGCCCUGAGGAGCUAACGUUUUGUCGAAGUUAAGCUAACUGCCACAAUAUAAUUGGAUUUCUGUAUUGAAACACAUACAGUCAAAAGUACAGGAUAGAGGUAACGCCGUUUAAAGAUUUUUUUUAAUGUAAUAAAAGAGUAAUGUUGGCUUACAGAGCAUGAGUUAGUGGUGCUGAGAGGAGAAAGGGAGAAGAUGAUGUCUGAGGCCAGGGUAGACCUGUAUGAACCGGGGACAGGGACACACGGUGACCAGGAUGGACCAUCUCUUGACUCUGUGAAGUCUGCGAGCAGUGAAGCCUCCAGCUCUGAUCUGCAGCGUCGUCUGCCUGCUGGACACCAAACCUCAGCAGAUGCUAGCCCCUCACCUUCCACUGAGGCAAGUGGCUUGUUGUCACUGCCAUGGGAGAUGGUAGCCCACAUUGCCUCACACCUUCCUGCUCAGUGUGUCAUCACUGUGUUGCCAAAGGUCUGUCAUGCACUGAGUAAUGUGGGUAAGGACAGCACUGCUUGGCAGCUCCGGGCACGCAGACUAAUAGGAUCCCAAGCUGGCUUUCCAGUUGGGCCAAGGGAAGACUUUGACUGGCCUUCUGCUUGUGUAGAGAUGGAGCAGCUGAUAACCCACUGGACAGGCCAAGGGCACCUUGUGGCCAGACAGACCCAAGAGGAUGAGGAGGAGAGGGAACAAGUGAGACAGCAGGAAAGGGCAGGGCAGGAUGGGGAACUAGUUGCAGAAGGACAGGAAGAUGGGAUAGAGGAUGAGGUAGAAGGGGUGGGAGUGGUUGCUCAGGAGGUUGCAUAUGGUGUUGAUGAAGGAAUGGAGGUGGCAAUGGAAGGUGAGGAUGGUGAAAUGCAGCCCAUUGUAGGUGGGGACCAACUGGCAAGAUUGAGAGAGGCGUUGGAAGAGAGACUGGAGGAAGGUGCAGCUGCACUAAUGGAAGAAGAAAGGGACCACAGGAUGGAGUUUGAAGGCCAAGAUGGUGCACUUAAUCACCGAGAGGACUUGGCAGACCCCAGGAAUGUGGGUAAUCGAAGACAGGUAAUGAUGGAGCAAUGUCAAUCCCCCAGAAGUCCUAGCCCGCCCCCAGCACUGGAGUGCAUCACCCUCUCUUCAGGCCACAUUGCCCAGGUCAACUCAGUCCUCCUCAUCGGGGGAGAGGGGGCGGUUUGUGCCACAGGUUCCAGAGACAGGAAUGUUAAACUGUGGAAUCUACAGGGAGGUUCUGGUGGUACACUACUGCACACAUUGAGGGGACAGGGUAACUUCAGCACCCAUCAGGGCUGGGUCUGGUGCCUGGCAUCUGAGGGACCUCUGCUGGCCUCAGGGGGCUUCGACAGCACAGUGAGGCUGUGGGACCUACAGGCAGGUGGUGCAGAGAGGGGCCUGAUCAGGACUGGGGCCGCUGUGCUCUGCUUAUCCUGUCAGACGGAUGUACUGCUGGCUGGUACAUUUGACAAGAGGGUCAGCAUGUAUGACACCAGAGCUGCUGAACCUCUGGUGAAAAGCCUCCGUCUCCAUGGUAAUGCUGUAAUGUGCCUUGCUGCAGAUGACAAGUACAUCAUCUCGGGGAGUAAAGACCGCACUGUGGCUGUCUAUGACCGCAGGGCAGGCAAAGGCUUGAAGACACUUCGGCUCAGCACUUACUUGCUAUCUAUGAGCUACAGUGGCUGUGAAGUAUGGGCAGGAGACAACAGGGGCAUGCUCCACUCCUUUUCCAUGCAGGGUGGGACCUUAGAACCCCUGUCCCAGUUUGAUGUGGGACACACAGCUGUGGUCACUGGCAUCCACAGGUCACCUGGAAGCCUCUACACCUGUUCAUCUGAUCGUACUGUCAAGGUACAUAUACCUUGUUCGCCUCCAAGGACAUUGUGCACACUGCAUCACCAAGCUGGAGUCAAUGCGCUGAGUGUGGAGGCCGGAAUCCUUGCUGUAUCCUCAGGGAAUGAAUGUGUGGACAUUUGGAGGCCCAGAAAAUGAUGAGCAAGGCCUAAUAACUAUGUGGCAGGACUUGCAAACAGGUGGGGAUCAUACUGGUCUGUCAGAACACUUGGAGUAAACCACAAGUACAUAAUGUUAAAAAAAAGUCACUUGUAUUUGUUCGGCCAAAAGCCAUCAAGCUUUUUUUUUUUUUAAUUCCUCGUUUGAUCUUGUUGAGAGAUAUUUUUACUACAAGUAUGUUAACACAUGACAUGUGUUUAUUGUAAUGUUUGUCCCAUGCACUCAAUUGCCGUUUUGUGCCAGUAUCCAAAGCUUUUAUAAGACACUACGUUGGUGUUCCUCCUCUUUAAUUUGUUGUAUGUUGAAACAGUGUGGAAACAAGUUAGUGUUUUUAGUACUUACGAGCUCAUAAAUUGACCGAAUCCAUAACAGUAACUGAAAUUGUACCAAAGCAUUAGUUACUACUUGUCAUGUACAGUGAAAUAUUUGAAUUAUUGAAGCUCUCUGUGACACACUGAUUGUAUUUGUAAAGAUAUUUAUUUGAACACAUUUGACAGUGCUCAUCGAUAUGAUUUUUCAAGUAUGUCUGCAUAUGCAUUGUGUGUGUUUGUUGUUUCAACAAUGUUUAGCCAUUUAGUUGUUUGAAUAAAUCUAACUAAAUCAUUUGCACAAUACUUGACAGAUGCAUCCAUUAAAACACUCUGAAAGACUAUUAAAUGGCCUAAAA